AUGGCUACUGAUACGACGGCCUACAACGUCUACCGAGUCUAUUUCAAACAAAGCGACAAGCCCGAUCAUCAAGGCAUUGCUCUUGUUCCCGCGCAGAUAGUGAAUAAGGCUGUGGAAGAUUCUACCACGUCACGGUGA